AUGGGUGUGUGUCGUCAUCAACGGUCAGUAGCUGAUGAAAAAUAUAGAGAGACACGCGAUAAAGUAAAACUCGGAAUCGAGGAUGUAAAUACAAGAGUACCGUUGCAAACGGAUCUUUCUUCAAGGCCUACAAUAUUGCAAUGUGCUAUCGAUAAUAAUGACGAAGAGUUUAUUGACUUUCUUUUGAGUAAAGAAGGCAUUCAAAUAAACCUUAGUACCAGAUGCUAUGGCACUGCUCUUCAUCAUGCUAUUGAAAAGGGCAAACACAAUAUAGUCCGUAAAUUAGUUAAUGCUGGUGCGGACGUAAAUGCAGUAUGUAUGAGCCGUUACGAUUUUAUGAAUCCUUUGCAAUUGGCUAUCAGAAAACACCAGAUAAAAAUAUCUGAAUUUCUUGUAAGUCGGGGUGCUGAUCCUCUCACUUUACUGAGAUCCACAAGUAGCAUAUCACCCUUGCGUAUGGCUGUGAGAGAAGGUAAGGAAGAAAUAGUUAAAUUUUUGAUUAAACAUGGUGCUGAUAUUAAUGAAAAAAGUACACAUUUUGAAUCAUUACUUAUCGAUGCUGUACGUCAUAGAAAUAAUAAAAUUGUCAAGUAUCUUUUGGACUCUGAUGUUGAUCCUAAUUUUCCGAGUAACGGCGGUUGCAAUGUAACACCUUUGCAUAUUGCGAUUGACACGAAUAAUGUCGAUGCUGUUAAAUUGUUGUUAAAUCAUGAUAAUAUUGAUAUUAAUAGAGUAACAUCUAAUGGGAAUUCCGUACUUGAUUAUGCUAUAUUUACUGAUGAUAUAACCAUUGUUAAAAGCUUACUUCAUGCUGGUAUCGAUUUUAAUAAAGUAGCAGCUAGUUAUUUUGAUGAUUCACGUAGUUUUUGUGACGUUAUCCCAUUGAUAAGACGACAUACUGUUAAAUUGAGUGCUGCUAAUUUGUAUGUUAUGAACAAAACGUUGAAUGACAUAAUUGAUCGUAAUCAAUAUGCUAAAAAUUAUCGUCAAAAGUGUUAUGCAGAAGUUGACUCGAUGAGGAAAACUAAAAUUGCUAAUACCAAUAUCAGUUUUUACGAUGUUUUGCAAAAAAGUAUCCAUGCUAUUGCUCAUUUUUUGAGCUGCAUUAAUAUCAAAGAUGACGACCCUAUUUACGAUGAGUAUGAAUUGAAAGAAAAAUUCCCAUUAUACAGCGGUAUGAUUUAUUUUAAAUUAAACAAAGCGAAACAGCGACAUCAUUUAUUAGAAAAUGUCGAUGAUUUAAUUUUUGAAACUCUGUCUCGUGAUCUUCCUUAUACUAUUGUGAGAAAUAUUUCAUGUUUUUUCAGUAAUAGAGAAUUGAAACAAUUAAAUGAAAAGAUAAUAACUGAUUUAAAAAAAUAA